AUAAGAGUUGUUCUUAUAUUGGAACGCCUCAUAACACAGAGUAAUGGUACUGCCUAGUAGUGAUGUAGAAUAGUGCGAGACGCAUGGGAAAGGCUACAUAAAAGCUCAGUUUAUUGAGUUCGGAUCCUGCUGGCGCUUGACCUCCACAACAGAACCUCUGGUUGGGGGAACAAUGCAGGAGGAGAGGUACGAGGCUGUCCCUACUGAAGAUCAUGGAGGAGGCGCUGGCGCUGGAGGAGGAGGAAAAAGACUAAAGCACCUUGCGUGGAUACUGUUUCCAUUUGUUAGUGCUUUGCUCUAUCUGGGCGAUCUUAGUAGCAGCAUCUGCUAUGCCGUUGUGCUGUUCACCCACGCCAGAGAGAGAGAUGUAGUUAUCAACCAGCUGGACUUCAUCGGGUGGGGGUGUAUCAUCAUUAUCAUCCACGUUGUGUCAGGCAUCCUUAUAAACUUCAUCGCCACUUUCUCCGGAUCUGAGAAAAAUAGCUGGGACAUGAAGUUGAAGAUAACGAAGGUGUUUCGGUGUAUAUUAAUACCAGACUACCACGUGUGUCGAGCAUUGUGGAGACACGUGAGGGAGGCACGCGAGAGAUCUGAGUGUGUGGAGGAAUGGGCUGCCUUCGUCAGGAUCUCAGGCAGUAGUGUUGGAGGCUUGUUACCACAGACCAUCAUCCAAGCAUACUACUUUUUCACAGACUUUGCGUCCAGGGACACCAAUUUCAUCAAACGUGAGAGAAAAGGGGUAUGCAUGAAAUUCGCUGACAUUUGCCUUCAGCGUGGGCGCCCGUGGGCUAAGCACGUGCCUUUACAUCCAUUAGUGCACGCCUUCGGCUACAGCAUCUUCGUGGUGUACAGGUACUACGACCAGGAGUCUUGA